AUGCCGGAGGACCCCACGCCUGGACAGAGCCACUAUAAUACAUUUUCAGGCUUCAUAUACGGCGCCGAAAUUCAACCAGGGUAUGACCUGUUUGGCCUCCCGCAGAAUGACGAAGAUGUUUCCUGUGCUGUUUGCAGAAACUCCGUUCACGCCACCUCAGUUAUGAUCCCCGGGAGGACAGCGUGUUUCCCGGGCUGGGUUGAGGCUUACAGUGGCUUUAUUGUCGCUGGCUACCCAGAUCAUCCUUCGAACACGGACUACAUAUGUAUGGAUGGACGUCCACAGCCAGUUCCGGUUGGACAGGGGAACGAUGAUGGAGUACUGCUCCGUCCUGUGGUGACCAAGUGUGGCUCUCUGCCAUGUCCACCAUACGAGAACGACACAUUGGUGCCUUGUGUUGUUUGCAUGAUGUGA